UCUUGAAAAAUAAGAAGACCAAAAAAAAACAAUCUGCUUUGAAUAAUUUUUCUCUCCCAAAAAGAGUUUUCAAAAUAUAAAAUAUCCUAUUGUAAGUGAAGAAAAACUGCUGAGCUAAUUGAACAAUAGAUCGAACUUCGCCAUAUUUUUGUUCUUUGUUUCAUUGAAUGGUUGCGUGUUAUAAGAAUGGGAUGAAAAUCAGAAACUAUUCCAAAGUUGUGUGUUGACAAAGCAUACGAAUGAAUUAAUUCGCCUUCGAAAUUCGAAUAACGAAGAGAAAAAAGAUUAACCAAGUGAAAAUAGAAGUGAUGAGAAAAUUGUCAAAAACGGAAAACUCAUUAGAGACCUUGAGUCAAUAUUUAGCCUUAGUGACUUUUACUUUGACUUUGUGUAGAAACAAAAAUUAUGUUUUAGCAUAAAGCUUUAAUUGUAGUAGUAUUUGUUUAUCUAUUAUGCUCACAAAUUGUAAAGUUUUACGUAUCUUCUAUGUACAAAAUAUAUGUCAAUAAAAAACAUAGUGCUUAUGUACUCGGUAUGUUUGUGCCGUUUGCUUGAAGAGGAAGAAAAGUGUUACUUCUUUAUUUCACUUCUUUUGUCUUCUUUUUCUACUCGUUCGCUUUACAUUGAGCUCAUUCGAUUACUCGCUUAUGGAGAGAAGCGACGUACGUAGUAACAAGUUGACGUCGUACGAUAAAGAUCGAAUGAGUUAAUGAAACUCAAAAUUAGUUAGAACGUUUAUUUCCGAAGUCAAGGAAAGCAAAACGAAAAAGAAAAAAAGAUAAAUAAAAGUUCGGUGGUGACAACAUAACUCCGAAAUAUAUUUUCUCACCACAAAAUCGAUCAAUAUUUAAUAGAAUAAAAUGAGUAGCCCAGUACAAGGCAAAAGACGGAUGGACACUGACGUCAUUAAACUAAUCGAAUCAAAGCAUGAGGUGACUAUACUUGGUGGGCUGAACGAGUUUUGUGUGAAGUUUUAUGGUCCCGUAAAUACGCCAUAUGAAGGAGGUGUUUGGAAGAUACGUGUUCACCUUCCCGAACAUUAUCCAUUCAAAUCGCCAUCGAUAGGUUUUAUGAAUAAAGUUUACCAUCCAAAUAUCGAUGAAGUGUCUGGCACAGUAUGCCUCGAUGUGAUAAAUCAAAAUUGGACAGCUUUAUACGACUUAUCAAACAUCUUUGAAUCAUUUUUGCCACAAUUACUGACCUACCCCAAUCCGGUUGAUCCGCUGAAUGGGGAUGCUGCUUCGUUAUAUCUUCACAAGCCAGAAGAAUAUAAGAAAAAAGUUUCAGAUUAUGUUCGACGCUUUGCAACAGAAGAAGCUCUUCGUGGAGCAGCGAAAAAUGAUGACAGCUCUGACAGUGAUCUUUCCGACUUUAGUGACGAUGAAACUAAAGACAUGGAGCUUUAAUGCCACAAGAAUGUUUUAGAUUUAAAUUACGACACAAAAACAACAACUACAAAAAGAAGCAAAAUGCGAUAUUUUCAUGAUAAAUUUAAAUUAUUAUAAUUAGCGAUUUUUUUCUCUCUAUUUCUAUAUAUAAAUACGUUUUCUCCUUCAUUCUUGAUAUCUCUUGUCCUUUUAAAUCGAUCUUUAACUCCGCUCCGUAAAGAAAAUUUCUUCGACGUUAAAUCGCAAAGUAAAUUGAAAAUCAAUUAAGAUUGUUAAGUUAAGAGAAAUUUAAAGCUUUUCGAAGGAAUUAUUAAUGUUUUAGACAUUCUUAUAUUUGAAUCAAAUGAUCAUACAAAUCAUUAACUAAUCUUCAUUUAAUCAUAAGUUUUUAGAAUGGUAAAGAAAGCAGCAAGUCAAGUCAUUUUUUAAAGUAAAUAUGAA